UUCCGUCUGUUUUGAGUUGUGUUAACAACAUCACACAGUUGAUGUCGGAAUUGACUUAGGAAUUAAGUCAGAGCAAUGAAAGCCUUGUUCCGAUUCAAGUCCUGCUCUUUUGAUCCAACCCGAAGGAACCAACUCGUUUCUUUCUCGGGUUUUUCAAAGUCAUCGAAAUCUAAUAAACCCCGUGAGAACCCAUCGAAGAUCCAAGCAGAAGCCACUGCAAUUACCUCACUUUUCAACGAGAUUACUGAGAUUUUAGGAUCGGAUGUUGUCAAAACAAAUGAGACUACGCGGCUCAGAUCCCAUGAUGACUCAGGACCUGUCUGUGGUAAUAGAGCAUUAGUUUCUUGCACGCAAGGUGUUCGUGAAAAUGCUGCAUUGGGAUUUUCAGGCGAGAAUGAAGAGGCUCAGAAAGGUCUUCUUCAAGAAGUCGACGUUUAUCAGAUUACUAGUGUCAUUAGGGCAGACGACGAUGUAGUUUCCAUGGAGGAUAGGUUAGAGAAAUUGUGUUUUCGGUUUGAACCAAAAAUAGUGGAGAAUGUACUGAAGAGGUGCUUCAAGGUUCCUCAUUUGGCUCGGAGGUUCUUUGACUGGGUGAAAGACAAAGAUGGUUUUUCACAUAGAGUUGGAAUAUAUAACACCAUGUUAAGCAUAGCUGGGGAAGCAAGGGAUCUCGAUAUGGUAGACGAACUGGUUAAAGAAAUGGAGAAGAACGCUUGUGAUAAGGAUAUUAGGACAUGGACUAUUCUUAUUUCAGUGUACGGGAAAGCAAAAAAGAUAGGAAAAGGGCUGCUAGUUUUUGAGAAGAUGAGGAAAAGUGGUUUCGAACUCGAUGCUGCAGCUUACGAUAUCAUGAUUAGGUCUCUAUGCAUCGCCGGAAGAGGUGAUCUUGCGCUUGAAUUCUAUAAGGAGAUGAUGGAAAAGGGUAUCACUUUUGGAUUGAGAACCUACAAGAUGUUACUGGAUUGCAUAACGCAAUCAGAGAAAGUUGAUGUAGUCCAGUCCAUUGUAGAUGACAUGGUCAGGAUAUGUGAGAUAUCAGAGCAUGAUGCUUUUGGUUAUUUGCUCAAGAGUUUUUGUGUUUCCGGUAAGAUAAAAGAAGCGCUGGAACUGAUCCGCGAGCUAAAAAACAAGGAAGUGUGCCUAGACGCUAAACAUUUUGAGAUUUUGGUUAAAGGACUUUGUAGAGCCAAUAGAAUGGUAGAUGCUCUAGAAAUUGUCGAUAUAAUGAAGAGAAGGAAACUGGAUGACUCAAAUGUCUAUGGGAUCAUUAUCAGUGGGUAUCUCAGACAAAACAAUGUUUCUAAAGCACUUGAACAGUUUGAGGUUAUAAAAAAUUCAGGGAAAACACUUAGAGUUUCUACAUACACUGAGAUUAUGCAACACCUUUUCAAGUUGAAACAGUUUGAAAAGGGUUGCAAUUUAUUCAGUGAGAUGAUAGAGAACGGAAUUGAGCCUGACAGUGUCGCUAUCACAGCCAUGGUUGCUGGUUAUUUAGGCCAAAACCGAGUAGCUGAAGCAUGGAAUGUGUUUGGCAGCAUGGAGGAAAAGGGCAUCAAACCGACAUGGAAAUCUUAUUCGAUCUUUGCUAAGGAGCUAUGCAGAUCAGCAAAAUAUGAUGAGGUCCUGAAGCUACUUAAUCAGAUGCACACCUCCAAGAUGGCUAUCAGGAAUGAUAUGUUUUCUUGGGUUAUCUCCAGUAUGGAGAAAAAUGGUGAAAAGGAGAAAGUUGAACUUGUCAAAGAAAUCCAGAAAAAAUGCAAUUUCUGUUGUCAAGAACCAGACGAAUAUGACAAAGAAGAUUUUAGGCAAGAGGGUGAGUUUGUUCAAGAGUCAGCUCUUCCACCAGCUUCUUCUGCUGUUGAUAAAAUAACGGUACAAGAAAUUUGUCGCAUGUUAUCAUCCUCCCGAGAUUGGGAGAGAACCCAAGAAUCUCUAGAGAAAUCGACAGUUGAGUUCACGCCAGAACUGGUAGUUGAGGUUCUACGUAAUGCUAAGAUACAAGGCAACACUGUUUUACGUUUCUUUUCAUGGGUGGGAAAGAGAAAUGGCUAUAAGCACAGUUCAGAGGCAUACAACAUGAGCAUCAAAGUUGCAGGAUGUGGGAAGGAUUUUAAGCAGAUGAGAAGUCUGUUUUACGAGAUGAGAAGACAAGGCUGCUUGAUAACACAAGAUACAUGGGCAAUCAUGAUAAUGCAGUAUGGUAGAACUGGUCUUACUAACAUUGCUAUUAGAACGUUCAAAGAAAUGAAAGAUAUGGGUCUGAUCCCGAGCUCUUCGACGUUCAAGUGUUUAAUCACAGUUCUUUGCGAGAAGAAAGGCAGGAACGUUGAAGAAGCCACCAGAACGUUCCGUGAGAUGAUUCGUUCGGGUUUUGUCCCAGACAGAGAACUAGUCCAAGACUACUUGGGAUGCUUAUGUGAAGUUGGUAACACAAAGGAUGCAAAAAGUUGUUUGGAUUCUCUCUGCAAGAUAGGCUUCUCAGUCCCUGUGGUUUACUCCAUUUAUAUAAGAGCUCUUUGUCGAAUUGGAAAACUAGAGGAAGCUCUGUCAGAAUUAGACAGAUUUAAAGGAGAGAAAUCUUUACUAGAUCAGUAUACUUAUGGAAGCAUUGUUCAUGGUUUUUUGCAGAGAGGGCAGUUACAAGAAGCAUUGGCUAAAGUAAAUUCCAUGAAGGAAAAGGGAAUAAAACCCAGUGUUCAUGUCUACACAUCUUUGAUUGUUCAUUUCUUCAAGGAGAAACAGCUCGAGAAGGUUAUAGAGACAUGUCAGGAAAUGGAAGAAGAAGGCUGCGAACCUUCAGUUGUUACAUUUACGGCAAUGAUCUGUGGGUACAUGAACCUGGGAAAAGUGGAAGAGGCUUGGAAAGCAUUCCGCUAUAUGGAAGAGAAAGGAACUUCACCAGAUUUUAAAACAUACAGUAAGUUCAUAAACUGUUUGUGCCAAGCAGGCAAAUCUGAAGAUGCCCUAAAGCUUCUGUCCGAGAUGCUGGAUAAGGGUAUUGCUCCAAGCACUAUCAAUUUCAGGACAGUUUUCUAUGGGUUAAACAGAGAAGGCAAGCAGGAUCUUGCCCGGAUUGUUCAACAGAAGAAGUCGGCUUUAGUAGCACAGCGAAAGGUAUCUACAUGACCUCUCUCUCUGACAAAUUACUGUAAUUCUGUAUCAAUGGAAGAACCUCAUACAAAUGGAGCAAAUUAAAUAUUUUUCUUAGCAACGAAUCUGUAAAUGCUCUUUUAUUAAAAGCCCUCUGUUCUAUAUAGCUAAACUAAAAACAUGGAGCUAAGAUACUGUAGUUAUGAGCCAUGAUGUGUUCCCUUCAAAUGUGACCGGUAAGGCUAAGA